CAGAAACUGCGGAUCGCGCAUCAGCAUAGGCUACUGAACUUUCAUCCCACUGAAACUUGGGCGGGCUGCAUAUACGAAUUUGGAAAGGAUGCCUAGACCCGGGAGAAACACUUAUAGCGACCAGAAACCUCCGUACUCCUACAUUUCGCUCACCGCUAUGGCUAUACAGAGUUGUCCGGAGAAGAUGCUUCCUCUUAGCGAAAUUUACAAGUUCAUUAUGGAUCACUUUCCGUACUACCGAGAGAACACUCAGCGCUGGCAAAAUUCCCUCCGCCACAACUUAUCCUUCAAUGACUGUUUCAUUAAAAUCCCCCGCCGCCCGGACCAGCCGGGCAAGGGCAGCUUCUGGGCUCUCCAUCCCAGCUGCGGCGACAUGUUCGAGAACGGAAGUUUUCUGAGACGCCGCAAACGCUUCAAGGUGAUGACAGCAGACCACCUGGCACCCAGCAAGCCCUCUGACGCUGCCCACUACCUGCAGCAGCAUGCCAAGCUGAGGCUCAGCGCCCUGGCAGCGACGGGCACCCCUCUCCCCCAGAUGUCCAGCUACAACUUGGGAGUGUCUCAGCCGUCCACGUUCAAGCACCCCUUCGCUAUUGAGAACAUCAUCGCCCGAGAAUACAAAGUGCCAGGGGGACUGGCGUUCUCCACCAUGCAGUCCAUGUCCGCCGGGUAUCCUCUGCACAACCAGCUGACCACAGCUUGGCCCCAUAUGUACAGCACUAGCGUGAUCGACAGCGCGGCGCCCAUCACAAUGACCAGCAGUGAUUACAGUGCCUAUGGCGUGCCCAUCAAGUCCCUGUGCCACGGGGGACAGACCUUACCAGCGUUCCCAGUCCCGAUCAAGCCGACCCCGGCGUCGUUGCCCGGCCUGUCGGCUUUGCCGCACCACAUUCCCGCUUUCCUGUCGAACUCUCCUCAGUCGCUGAGCCCGACGUCCCCGCAGACAGCGACCAGCCAAAGCAGCCCCGCCACCCCGAGUGAGACUCUUACGAGUCCCUCGACGCUCGUGUCGGUCGCUGUGCACUGACACAAACAGGUGUCGUUGCCUGAGAACUAGGCCUCUUGGUCAACUCCUACUCCAAAGUUGAAUUUUAAUUAUAGACCUUGAAAACGUAUGUCUAAAAAAAAAAAAAAAAAAACUCGCUACAAUCAAGGGAAGAGCUAUCUAUGUUGCUGUGACAUUAAUUUAUGUGUAUGUGUUUCAUUUGAAGUGUUGCUUUUGAUGAUUCUAAUCACAUGGAUCGAACACGGAUAUGUUGUAAAAUGGUCAUCGUUUUCCAAAAUAUCAAUGUUCAAUUGAACUAUUCUGAACUAUUCUAUUUACGUCUUUAUUUUAUUGGUUGACUGUUGACAAAUUCCAAGCAAGCACUGAAAUCUGUUACAUGUCUAAACUGCAAAAGGCAAUUGCUAGUAAUUUGACAGAUUGUUGUCUAUUCAGACCAUUUCAUUUUUUUUUUCCUUCUUUUUUUUUUUUUUUUUUUUCGUAAAUAAUUGUACGUUUUCCAUUUGGACGAGAAUUACAUUUGCCGGCUUUAAUUGGACGGCUUGGAAUGCUCUAAUUUUUCUUGACAACUAAACUUUUGUCUCAGUCUGCAUACCAAAUAUAACCUACAUGUCCACUUGAUUUUAAAACAAACACACACACUGAAACAAGUACAGUAUUUGCUACUAUAUCAAACUUGAAAAACAAAAUAGAUUUAAAGGAUACCUUUAUCGCAUAAGGCGACGUACAUUUGUGAAUAACUGCAAAUAAGUGAUAUUGAAUUGUGUAAAAUGCACUUUUUAGUUAGAUGUUUUACAUUUUCUCGAUUUUGCAGGAAAUGUUUUGUGAGCGUUUAAUUUAAAGCCGUGGUGACCAUGUGUAUUAAAUGCCGUCCAUUUGUACUUUUUGUUCAGAUAUAUGAAGCAUGCCUUUUCCAAACUUUGUGUUGUUUUGCUGCAAGCAUGCGUGCUUUUGAAAGCUGUGCAAGACGUCUGCAUUAAAUUAUAAACUUGGUCAUCAGAAUAUUUUUUCAUUAAAAUUGUGUAAACCUAUACUUUUUCUCUUGUAUUCGUUUGUGAAAGUAGUAAAGGGCUUUUUCAUUUUCUCCACACAGACAGCACACAAUGUAAACAACGAGAAUAAGCAAAUUAUAAUAAUUAUUAUAGGCCUAAUUAUUAAAUCUGAGAUAAAUAUUGGAAUACUGAAAUACAAACUAUAGCCUAAAUAUAGCUGGACGCCUAGCUAUACAUAUUUAUUUGAUUUAAUUUUUUUCUCUUCGAACUUUAUUAUAGUAAAACGAUAUUACAUACGUUAUUUAUUAUUAUUAUUAUUAUUAUUAUUAUUAUUAUUAUUAUUAUUAUAACGGGAAAAAAUAUGUGCGUAUAUCAUAGCUUAUAUUCACUAAGUAUCUUUAACUACAUAAAUUCGUUCGGUAGAUCGGGCAUGUGAGCACUUUUUUUCCCGAUCCAAACACAUACGUGCCCCUCGAGGAAAACCCACAACCGACAGACUAAAAUAAAUGAAUGAAACACUUGAUUAGGAUGCAUGAAGUUACUAUUCCGCAGUCGCAGCAUAGACAAGCAGACUCAUUCAUCAGCACAGGCACUCAUUUUAAGCUUUACAGAGACUCCGACACGUCGAAUUUAAACAUGUGAUUUUUAUUUGAUCGGAUGAUGCAACAGAUGCAUUUCUUAGAGAGAGCGACUUGUUGCAGUAAUUCAUUUUUUUAAUGAUUUGUAUUAGUUUCAUUUUAUUUUGGAAUUUGACUUAGGCUAUUUUACUCUUUCCAUCAGUUUAUUAUUGUACAUAAUCUAUUUAAAAUAAACUCUCAAUAACUA